CUCUCAUUUAGUCCACUCCACGCGGAGAAGUUGUUGUGAAGUGGAAGGAGGGAGACAUAAAAAAGCGGAGACAUUAGUUAGAGCUGCUGGACAGGCAGGAAGCUGAGUGUGGUUAGCUGAGCGGAACAGUAGAGGGGAAGCUGCUUUUGUACAGUUUUCUUUCUGCGUAGUCCCUCCAGUCAGUCAAGGACAUUAUUGGGCCACACAAGAGUUACAGUACGGCUGGAUGCUCCAGAGAGGAUACACUGACACACGCAAACCUUGAGUAUUUGUGCUGUUCGUCGGUCAGAGACAGUGUAGGCAAGCGUGCGACUGGACAUGCGGCCAGUGUGAGCUCCUGAGCGACUGCGUGGGUCCUGCGAUGGCAGUGUUCGCAGGCGGCAAACGGUCCAGCGAAGGCAGGGCGUCGUGGCCGGCGAUCGCGCUGACGCUCGCCGUUUUCACCUCGUCCUCGUUCUCGGCGUUCUCCCUGUACCAGCUGAUGGCUCUCAGAGCCGAGGUGGAGGGUCUGAAGUCAGACGUGUGUCGCAGGAGACACGAGGGACAGGAGGCCGAGCACGAGGGACAGACUGAUACUGUCCGUGGCGGGAGAAGCGAGGAGGCCUUCUACCAACCUCCGUCUGAUCACGACGUCACCUUGAUCAGAACCAUUCGAAUGGUGACCGGAGAAGAGAAAGUGUCUCAGCCGUGUCUGCAGUUGUUGGCAAACAGCAGCAGGAAAACCUUCAGUAAAGAAAUUGCCUUUGAGCCAUACACAGGUAUCCCCUGGCAGGUCGGGCUGAGGAGGGGCUCGUCCCUGGAGGCAGGCAGAGACAGCAUUCUAGUCAAAGAGGAGGGCUACUAUUUCGUGUACAGUCAGGUGUACUACAUGGACACAACGUUUGCAAUGGGCCAUGUGGUGAUACGGAAGAAGAGAAAUGUGGUGGGAGAUGAGCCUCAGUAUGUGACCCUGUUCCGCUGCAUCCAGAACAUGAACCGUCUUCACCCUUACAACACCUGCUACACAGGAGGUAUUGUGAAGCUGGAGGUCGAUGAUCUGCUGGAGCUCCUGAUCCCUCGUUCCACAGCCAACGUGUCCUUGGACGGAGACGCCACGUUCCUGGGUGCUGUCAAACUGGCUUAAAGCGCGUCACCCCACCUCACACCCAAGGGAUGCUGUUGUCAUGGGAACCAGGUGCCGUAACGUGAUAAGGUGCAACAAAGCACAGUACUUACGAGGCUGCCUGACUUGGGUUUUCGUGCGAAUGCAGGAGGUAGCUCUUUUUUCAGAUACAGUUCACCUCACAUACAGCUUUAUUAUGCUUAUUUCUACCACACAAAAACAAGACAUAACCAAAUACUUGCAUUAAUCACUGUUAAGUUUCAUGUACUGGUAGUAAAUCUUUUUCAUAAUCUCAAAUGUACUAAUCAAUGGUUUUUCAUAUGUUUACUCUUUAACCAUACAGUAACCAACCAAUAAAUAAUUGCAAUGAUA